UAUUGUUAUUGUUUACAAAAUUAUCUUACCCACGAAAUUGUUAAAUACCUUAACAUUAAACUAUAUUUCUUGACUUUGCAUUGGUCUAUAAAACAUAUUGAUUUUUACAAGAGCUUGUUGUGCAAGAAUUGAUAUAAUUCUGGUAAUAAAAGAAUGAGGCUUGAAGACAGAUCGAUCAGUGAUUAUAAUUAUGAAUAAAGAAAAUAAUAGAACUGCAGCUGGUCUGCGGCGUUCUGCAGUUGCUGAAAGAAUAAAACUUAGAGAGGAGUGGUCAGCUCUGAAAGGAAAUGACAAAGAGUCAAAUAUCAGAAAGAAACAUACUAAUAUAUUGAAGAAGAAACAAGAUAACAACAUUGCAAAGGAUACAUAUGUGGCCCAUAUAAUUGAUACCAACAUUGGUGCUGUUAAUCGUAGAGUGACACGUGGUACAGCAAGUACCAGUUAUGAGGCUCUGCGCGGUGUGGUUGCGCUGGUGGAUGUGGGGGCGGGGAGCCGGGCGCUGGCGUUGCGGGCAGCUCUGAGCGCACUCGGUGCCACCGUCGUGCCCGCCUGGAACCACCUCGUCACACACUUAGUGUGGUCACAUGAUGGAUGCCGCAACGUGCGUGGUCGUGCGCGUGCGCUGGCGUGCCGCGUGGUGUCUCCGCUGUGGGUGGAGGCGUGCGCGGCGAGCGGCCGUCGUCUGCCCGAGGACACCUUCCCCGCACCCUCGCGACCCUCCGACCUGCCAUCACCUAGGACUUUGAGGAUCAUGCUGAAAAAAGCUGAAAUGGAGAACAUUAGCUUAGCGGCGUUGCUAUCGGACAGUACAGAAGAUGACGACUCUAAGAAGCUAACACUUCGCAUGUCCAGCGAAUCUGACACGUCAAACACGUCGGCUAACACGUCAGCAAACACGUCGCGUGACACAUCACAUAACAAAACUGAGACGCGAGUCAACACAGCGCCGCGACGUCCUCCAACAUCUAUAAAAACACAACCGCCCAAGAAAUCUAAAAGAAAAUUAUUUACACAGAAGGACCCAGAUCUAACAAAAGGCAGUGCUAUUGAUUCAGAUGCGGACCGUACACCAGCUCGAGCAAAGCAGUUGACAUAUGAAGAGAGACGAGAACUGGCGCGUGCAGGCAGACUGGCGCGCAGGCUGCUGCGUGCGCGCUCAGACACGCCCGCACGACAUGCGCACGCGCACGCCACCGACACGCACACGUACAGAGUGGUAUUAACAGGUAUGUCUAGAUCAGAACGACAAGCAGCUCACAACGCAAUACGUGCGUUAAAUGGACGCAUACAGAAACAAGUCAAUAAAUCAACCACACAUGUUCUAUUAGGUUCAUGUAAACAGGACUCCAUACAAAAUAAUUUAAACACAACGAAUAUGACAAAUAGGGUAAAUGAAAAACAAAAUAUAAUAAAUUUUAUUUACAAUCAUAAGGCAACGAAAACAAAUAUAUCUGGAUUAAAAAAUAUAACAAGUGAAAUGACUAGAAUUGACAAUAUGGCGGAAGCUGUCAAUGUUAACAAAAUGGCGGGAAUUGACAAGAUGGCGUCAUGUAUGACACAAGUUGACGUCACAAACGUUGACAAUCCAACAAUUGAUACUAUUGGAGUUAGAACAGAUAAAUUAAGGACAGUAAACGCUUUGUUGGGCGCAGCUAGAGGUUGCCGAGUUUUGUACGCUAAAUGGGCGCUAGAUUCAUUGGAAGCAAAGCAAUGGUUACAUCAUUAUGGUUAUGAAGUACCGCAUCUUAGGAAGAUAGCUAUGAAAGCGCGUGUAGAAAGGCAGGCUUUGGGGAGAAUGCGCUCCGAAUAUGCGUAUGACGUAUUUAACGGUAUGCGGGUGCGGAUUUCGCCCAACGCCGACCAGAGAGACGCCAUUGUACAACUCCUGUCACUUUGUGGCGCUGUUGUACAAGAUGGCGGCGGCGUACAAAAUGGCGGGGAUGCACAGAAUGGUCGCGAUUAUGAUAUCAUUAUAGGAGUUUCAGAGAAUGAAGUUAGCUCCAAAUGGGUAUUCGACAGUGUCGCCGCGGCCAGAAUGAGAACAACAAGGAAGUAUACCAACAAAAUAAUUCCAGAAAGUUCUGAAUCUCUUACUCAGUAAUACACUCGAAGAUUUUUUAGAUUGUUUUACCUAUUUUGUUAUUUAUAUAUUUUUGUUGAUUUACAUAUGUUGUUUGUAGUUUUGCAGAUCUGAUAUUUAAGAUGACUGAUGAAAUCAAACACAACUAUAUUGAAAA